GCACUUUUGCCUUGCCGCACGCUAGCCCUCAGCACGCAUCAUCGCCUGCUCCCGACCACCGCUGCUCGUAAGGCCGCCUGGCCCGCCCCUUGCCCGCGGCUCGCCGGAUCUGCGCCCGCCCCCGACCGCCGGAGCCGCGCCCGCCCUCGACACCCAAUCCAGCCCCACCACCGCCUCUCCCGCCGCAGCCGCACGCCCUCAGACACCACUGGUGCGGCGGCGCAUCCCUAGCGGGCCGACAUCUCUGCUCGGCGCUCGCGACCCUCCCCAUCGGCGCGUCCCUGCUCGGCGCUCGUGGCACGCCCGAUGGGAACACGCCGCACGGCCCCGAGCCCCAUCCGUAGCGGGCGGUGACGGCAUCAUCACAUGGUGGCCAGCCUUGCUCUCAGUUCAAGGCAUGGGCAAUGGCUCACAAGGGGAAGGCGACUUCCUACGUCGACUACAACCCGGAGGACCCUCCCUCAGCGUACAGCAAUGCGACCGUCCAUAGCCGCCUCAGUGAGUACACGUCGAUGGCAAAGGUGGUCCAUGGGCCAGACUAUGAUCCAAGCACCCAGGACUUUGAUGGACAAGUAGUCAUGAGGGUGGGAGGAGGAAAGAAGCAUGUGCGGUACUGGCUCGGCGAUGGCAUAAUCGAUACAGCCACUACUCCCUCUCUCUCAGAUCCGGGCAAGAAGCACGAGCUCAAGCCCCGCCAUACGACCUCGGCCGAACACUGCACAGCACCGGAUGGAGGCACUCCAGGUCCAGCUGGAAGAAGAGAAGAGGCGACGAGAGGAGUUGGAGGCGAGGAUCGCAGCCGAGCGGGAGGAGUUGGAGGCGGGGAUCGCAGCCGAGCGGGAGGCCGAGCAGCGGAGGUUCGCAGACAUUCUACAGUACAUAUGAAGUCUUGGCGCCGCCCAGGGAAUGCCUCCACCACUUGGGCUAUUCGCUCUACCUCCACCUCCUGGUGCAACUACUCCUAAUCAAUCGACGGCAUCGAAUGAAGUGUCUCAUGCUACAAAUCCUUCACCAAAUCAGUCUCAUUGUCCGUGAUCAUACUUGUAGUUGUUAAUGGUACUUUUAUUUGCACUUCUUAUGGUGAAUGAUGGAGCACUGGGAUUACUUGUGAAAUUAUUGUGAUAUACUAUGACUUAUGUGAUGUUUGUGAUAUGUAUGUGAUGUCUGUGAUAUAUAUAUCAUGUCAGUGA